AUGAUGAUGAUGUUGAAUUUUACAAAGUUGACGGCGGGGACGUUUUGUGCUCAUCAUCAUCAAACGCGCUCUUCUUCUUCUUCCUCUUCAACAACAACAAAGUUGUUCGUUAAAAGUAGUAGCAACAACGGUAAUAGCAAUAGUAGUAGUAAUAAUAAUAACGGGAGUAAGAACAACAACAACAACAACAGUUGGGCGACGCAAACGAGAGGAGGGAGAAAAACGCGCUUUAACGGCGAUAUCGUCCAAACGCCCCAGGAGAAGAAAUUGAACAAACUGGAAGGGCAGAGAUUGUCGAAAGCGUUGGCGGCGUUGGGCGUCGCCUCGCGACGAGGCUCGGAAACGAUCAUCUUCGACGGACGAGUGAAAGUAAACGGGACGAAAGUUUUAGAGCCGCAGUUUAAGGUGAACUUGGACGUGGACGUGAUUGAGUUGGACGAUAAAGUCGUCCAAGGCGGCGUCGAAUACGCAGGCGAACACUUUUAUUUCCUAGUGAACAAACCGAAAGGGUACGUCUGCUCGACCAAAACUGGUGGUAUUCUAAACAACAACAACAACGGUAACAACAGAGGAGAAAAGGAAGAAACUGGCACUGGUGGAAAGAAAGCGUUGGAUUUGUUGCAAACGUGGACGGAACAGUGGAAGAAGGGGAAUCCGGGAAAGUUACCGCCGAGAUUGUUUACGGUUGGUCGAUUGGACGUUCAAACGACGGGCAUGUUGUUGGUGACGACGGACGGGAAAUGGUCGCAAAGAGUCGCACACCCAUCGUCGGGGGUUGUGAAGAGAUACGUGAUUACGGCACCGGAGAGAGUGACGAGUGCGCAGAUCACAAAGAUGCGGAAAGGGACGGAAGUGGAUGGCGCGCACGUGACGCCGGUGCUGGUGGAAGCAGUCACCGGGGACGGAGGACCAAAAAAUCGCGUCGCGGUGGAAGUGGAAGACGGACGGAAUCGAGAGGUUAGACGGAUUGCAGAGAGUGCCGGGGUAGAGGUGAAGAAUUUGAAGCGGACGAGAAUCGGUGGGUUAAAAAUGCCUUCGGAACUACCAGCUGGGAUGUUUUGUUCCUUGAAACCGCAUCAAGUUUCGUACGUUUUAGAGAAAUCGCUCCAGCAAAUCGGAGGAAAUUUUUGA